CCGGCCAGUACCUCUGUUUCCGGCUCGAAUUGCUCUACCCACGCCCGCCUUCAACAUGUCCGAGACUGCGCCCGCCGCGCCCGCUGCUCCGGCCCCCGCCGAGAAGACGCCUGUGAAAAAGAAGGCCCGCAAGGCUGCAGGUGCCGCGAAGCGCAAGGCGUCUGGGCCCCCGGUGUCCGAGCUCAUCACCAAGGCUGUCGCCGCCUCCAAGGAGCGCAGCGGCGUAUCUUUGGCUGCGCUCAAGAAGGCACUGGCCGCCGCCGGCUAUGAUGUGGAGAAGAACAACAGCCGCAUCAAGUUGGGUCUCAAGAGCCUGGUGAGCAAGGGCACCCUGGUGCAGACCAAGGGCACCGGGGCUUCCGGCUCUUUCAAGCUCAACAAGAAAGCGGCCACCGGGGAGGCCAAGCCCAAAGCCAAGAAGGCGGGUGCGGCCAAGCCCAAGAAGCCCGCAGGAGCAGCUAAAAAGCCGAAGAAGGCUACUGGGGGGGCAACCCCCAAGAAGAGCGCCAAGAAGACCCCAAAGAAGGCGAAGAAGCCUGCUGCGGCUGCAGGAGCCAAAAAAGCAAAGAGUCCGAAAAAAGCGAAAGCAGCCAAGCCGAAGAAGGCGCCCAAGAGUCCAGCGAAGGCCAAAGCGGUGAAACCUAAGGCGGCUAAACCAAAGACCGCCAAACCCAAGGCAGCCAAGCCAAAGAAGGCGGCGGCCAAGAAGAAAUAGGAAGUUCCUUUGGCCUACGGCUUCGAAGCUCGACACAACCCAAA